AUGUUUCGACUUGCAGCGUUUUUGUGUUUAUUCCUACAUUAUUUUAUUUUUGCAAUUGCUACAGAUACAAAUCAUGAUUCGACUUCAAGUCUUUACUAUCCAGAAAACAAAAAUCUGCUGGCUAAACCUGAUCCUACGGCAGCAGCGGUCUACUUCCCAUUCAAAGGAGGGGAUACCGCCUCGCUUAUUAUACAACAGGCUGGAGAUUCCGCAGUUGAUUUCUCCUAUUAUUUUGAUUCACAAUUGUCAGAUGGUGCCUGUUUAGCAUUUACGCUGAUUCCUGAUGAUACAUUGUUUUCAAAAAAAUUCAAGUGCGUCAACUCACAGCUGACUUGUGAAGGCUGCCUGGAGCCCACGAGAGCCUGUUAUCAUACCUUGGUCAACAAAACAUGUACUGCUGGAAUUGGUGUCAGCACAGGUUGUCACGAUGGAAGAUUCUCUUCAUACAAUGGUGACCUUGCUUCUUACACUACACAAAAGCGGUUACUUGUAACGCAAGAAACUAUCAAAGGUGUAUCUCUCACACCAAGAUUUGGUGUGGUGGGAUUAAACGGUCGAAUUAUUGUAGGAAUUUUGAACUAUAGAAACAACAAACCUCCUCAGGCUAUGUGUGCAUUUGUUAUGCCAGGUGUAGGAACUUAUGGAAACUUUUCUUUGGCGCCUAGUAGUGAUGCUCAGGAAACAAGAAGUGUAUCUCUACUUACUGGGCUUUCAUUGCUUAUUUCUGCCAUACUGUCAUUAAUAUUUUAA